AUGGAAGCCAGCGCCUCGAAUGUCUACCUGGGGGAUGAGGACCUGGACCUGGACGAGCUGGGGGGCGCUAUCUCCUGGGUGGAGCCGAGAGGCUUUGGCAGCGAGCGCGUGGAGCAAUACCGGCUCUACUUUGUAGACUUCAGCGGAAGCGCCUCGAGUUUGGCCGCCCUUCCUCCAAUGGCUGCCAUGGACUUGCCCGCCGGUACCCCGCGCGGCCAGGUUCAGGCCCUGCACGUGUACACCGCCUCCAGCCUGAGCGAGCAAUCCACGCCGGCCUUUGUCGAGAUCUCGGAUACUUUCUCCGUGGCCUUCAACCUGUCCUUCCCGGAUUUCGACUUGGACUUUGACGACCUGGGUGGCACCUUGACCUGGGCGGAGCCUGAGGAUCAGGACUUUGUGCUGGCCUACUUCGUGUACCAAGCCUUGCCUCUGGAGGACGCCUUGGGUCUGGGCCUUUGCGCCAGCUCUUCUCUGGGCUCGGUGCCCAUCUCCGGCACCGUCUCCGUGAGCCUGGCGGGCGUCAGCGCCCAGCAGCUGGCGGUGGCGAUGAAGGCCGCCCUGGCGCAGGCGCUGGGCAUCCCCCACUCCAGCCUUGUGGUCACCGUCACCUCCAGUCGCCGCCUCGCGGAUGACCCGAGCCGGCGCUUGGCCACCAGCUGGCGGGUGACCUACCAGGCGUAUGUUGACGCGGCCACUGCAGCCUCCGCCGGUGCUGUCAGCAACUCCUUGAACACUGAUCCCGCGAUCUUCGCCGCUCAGCUGUCGACUCAGCUGGUGGCAAUCGGGGUGGACGCCUCAGCCUUGAUCGUCCAGGACUUCGGGCAGCUCGAGGUGUCAUCCAUGACGGAAGGCGUCAAUAUCUCCGACGACAGCGACCAAGCACGCCUGCUCAGGACCGAGGACUCAGAUGCGGACGAGCUCGCGCAGGCUUCUGGGCCUGCUCGGCGUCUUUCCUCCAUGGCCAACCUGACAGCUUGGUGCCGCGGGCCCCUGCUCGGCAACGUCUCAGUGGGAAACUCCUCCUUGGAACUGCCAGCAGAUUUGCAGCUCUCCCCCUACAGCCAUCUGGUGAUCUACGCAGCCUCGGGGUUGGAGGAGCAGACGACCCCUGCCUUCCUGGAGGUUUACGAUAUGAGCGCGAGCGUGUCCAAUCUCCAGUUCCAGGGAAAGGAUUUGGAUGCGGAUCAUUUGGGCGGCAAUCUCACCUGGGACCCUCCGGCACAGCUGGAGCGCGUCUCUGCGUACGUGGUCUAUUUGGCGGAGAGCGCCUUUGGGCUUCACCGCUAUUUGCUCGACGAGUUGCCCCCAGACAGCGGCCUGGAAGAGGUGCCGGCGGACACGGAGCGACUGGCCUUCAACCACUUCACGGUGUACACCAAGUCCUUCCUGGCGGAACAAACCACCCCAGCUGCCCUGGCCUUCUUCGAUGAGUUUGCCAUGGCAUCCAACAUGAGCUUUACUGACGAAGACUUGGACGAGCAUCAGAUCGGAGGCAAUCUCAGCUGGUAUCCGCCAGGCGACCAAAGUGAGGUCACUGCGCCUGAGCUGAAAUGA